GAGUGAUUGUUGUGGUCCUACUCAGAACUAGAAUCCUCCACAGAUAAUAUUUGUGGCAGGAAAGUGCCGCCUUUGGCCACUUAGAAUGCAAAGCUGAAACCAAAACGAAUGAAUGAAUGGCAUUAGCAUCUAAUUCAAAAACUCACUGCAUGGCCAUCAAUCUCACUACCACUGCUUCUCUUCACUCAAAGCCUUCAUUUCUCACACACAAACAUAACAACCCCGUCAAAUUCUCUCACCCUUCUUCCUCUUUCCUCACAACAUGUGCUCAAACACAAGGAACUGACACUGGAAUCUCAUACCCAGAUGCUUCUUCUGGAAAUGGAUCUUUAUCUUCUUCUCGUGCCCAGUUGGAUCUUUUGGAGCAACUUACAUCUACAAGCUCACCAAACACUGGCUAUGAAAGUGAUGGUAGCUCUCGAAAACUUACAAUACGAGAACAGCUUGCACAGCUGGUUGGAGAAAGGGAUGAUGAUUUCAACAUUCCACUGGGUAAAAACUUGAAGAAAGUGAGUGCAAAGUUCUUGACCAUUUCACAAAAGAGAAAUAUCAAAAGACAAGCUUACCUGAAUGAAGUGUCACAAAGGAAUGAUUCAGUUUUCUUUGCAACCAUAGGAGCAUUUGUGAUUCUUCCACCUUUUAUAAUACUAGGAAUAGCUAUAUUAACAGGCUAUGUACAGCUUUUUCCUUGAAAUGUGAUACAAUUAAGAUACUUAGUGAUACAUCAAUGUCAUAUUAACAGAAUUUCUCAGACUAA